AGACAGGAAGUGGGUGAGAGUGAUUGUGUGGGAGAGAACGAGAAGAGGGUUGGGCGGGUGUAUGACAGUGAACCAGGUGUGACUGGUGUGAGCUCACUGAGCAAGCCCCCGUUGAAAUUGGGUGGAGCGAGCAACCAAGUUGCCGCCAUAGCCAUCCGUGUCCAGCAGCCUGGGCCCUCCGUUUCGUUUGACGGAACUUCGACCUCAAUGACGGACCUGGGACUCUCCUGGCGCGAGAGGUCUGUGACCGGACGUGGAAAUCUUUCGCCGCAUGAAGGCGCGUUAGUUAGAAACCGGAAAUCACGGAGGCUGGAUCUGAACCUGACCUUGUGGUCCGGAGCUCCUCCUCGGGGAAUUAGGGAGGCGCGCGCCGCACAGGCGUGUGGCAGCGAGUUGUCGAGUGCCUGGACAGCCGGUCAGAGUUCCGUUAACAAUCGCAAAUGGUUGCAUCAGCCCCUGGAGGAGACGGGCAGCAGCAGGGAGCGGGGUUCGUCGCGAGCCCCCUUAGUCUCCUUGGACUACGGCUUUCCCCUACAGCAGCGGUCUUACCGACGGGAGCGCGAAAUUCUGGAAUCGAAGUCAAGUGCCCGCGCUUCGCGGGUGUCUCCUGAAGCCGCUGCACUUGACUGCGGUGUCGUCAACAGUUAUAAUGACGGUCAGCGCAACUCCCUGUCCGACAGUUUGCAUGAUCUCGGCCGUUGGAGCAGUGGUUCAGCGGAACGAGGAGGAGAAGGAAGCUUCUUCAGUGAGUCCCGGCCUCCAUUGUUGAAAAGGGGAUGCCAUUGGGCAGGGAAAGGAGAGUCCUGUGGGUUCACUCCUUGCUCAGCGCUCAAUUCGUCGAAGGAAGACUCGACGUCUACGCGGGAGGUCACGACGUUAAACCCGCUGCUGGCGAACGACACUUUUCCAAACGAUAGCCAUCCUUCGGCGCGGUCGGAUCUCGCCCUCGCAGAGAUGGCUUGUGGUGGUCAUUCGGCGGCCGCCCUAGAGGCUGCUGCUGCCGUUGGGCGGCAAUCGGCACCUCCUCCCGUGGGAGUAUUCCGACCACCUCCGCUCUCCUAUUUGAAUGAGCCGUACGGGCGCGUUGCCUCUUCAGCGACGCGAGGUGUCGCCGCGAACGAGAUGACGAGUCCUGAGCCUUACCGCUGCGUGUGUGCGACGGCGGCCGCCGCUCGCCCAGAUGCCGACCUUGCCGCCAUGACCAUCGUGCCACGUGGCAUGAUGUCGCCCUCUUCCCCGGCGUCACCAUCUCUGCCUAGAGCGGAUGCGCCUUCUGCGCUUCGGAAUCCGUUUUCUACGACUUGUAGUGACUACUCUGAUUACAAUUAUAGCUCUUAUAGAAACCCGUCAUCAAUGGACGACCUCGCUUCUCUCGUCUGUCCCUGGCCAUUGCGGAGUUCCCCACCGCCAAAGAGUAUGGCGGAGCAAGAGGAUUCGGGUCGUGCAUCGGAGCGCCGAGCCAUGGCGAUAGGUCAUGACAAGACAACCACGGUGGAGGAGGCUUGGAUGGAGGACCAGUAUAAUAGCGGGCACAAGCGAAAAACGCUGGCAAUAGCAACAACCGCGGCGGAAGACGGAAUCGCUUCGGCAGGAUCGGUGCUCGGUCUCGGUAGGGUCUGUAAUGGAUGGAACGGGGAAAACCGUUCGCCGACAGACCUUUCCAGCGACAACAAUCGCGCGGGCAGCCCUGUAUUGGUUCCACAUGGAGUUUGGUCAGUCAAAGAGGGAUUGUUAGGAGGAGGAGGAGGAGGAGGAGGAGGGAGUCCCAUAAUAGCGCAGGGUGAGGUGGGUUGGCUCCCGCUCAUUGACAGGUUGUCGGCGAAAGGAUGGAGGGGGGGCGACGAAGAGACCGCUGCGGCGGCGUCCCGUCGUGGACCUCUUUGUCCGAUUUGGUCCCAGACACAGGAAAACUCGAUGCGUCAACAACAAUACGAUCCACAAGCAGGUACUGCCGGUAGGCCACACGAAGAACAACAGGGAGUCGACCACUAUGCGCAUACGUCCAGUCUGAGAGCGCAAAUUGAUGGGUUUGCCGCUCGUACAAGUCAAACGGAGCUGUUCACUGCAGCUGCGGCGGCGUUGACCGAGGGGGAAAUUUCGUUCGGUGCGUGGACGGAGAAAAGCAUCGACGAUCUUUUCGAGGCGGUGGGAACGGUACCCGUUUCUUCUGGGUAUGGAAUCAACAAUACAGAGUGGCACCUAGAGUAUCCUCGAAAGGAGAACGCGGUUGAGCCUCCCGCUGAAGUCAUCGCUGCGGCGAAUGCUUCAUCUCUGAAAUUGGUAAAGGUCCUGUGACUCCUGUUGCUUGCCUAUCGUACCCCUCCCCCUCCCUGUAGUCGACGUAAAAAGACAAAAAAAGUUUUUUUUUUUUUUUUCCUUAUUAUUAUUUUUUUUCCCUUAAAUCACUUUCUUCUUCAUCUAUUCUCUUUUAAACUAAGCUAUAUUCUUCUCUCAAUUUCUCCUUUCAGGGGUCCCCUGUAUAGACAAAAUUUCCCAAAAAGAAGUUUGUUUCUCGUCUACAUAUUACAUUAUUAUGUUAAAUUACGUCAUAUUUUAUGUUCCCUUCCAUCCAGACUUGAUCCGGUGACGUGGCUGUUACUUACAGCCACCCAUU